GAGUGCAGAGGUUCGUUUCCUAUUGUAAAAUGCACAUACUGUCGAAGUGAAUUUCAACAAGAAAGUAAAAGCAGCACUGUCACAAUUUGCAAAAAAUGUGAGUCCAUGGUGAAACAAUAUGGUAAACCCUCUGCUUGUGAAUAUUGCAACGUCAUUGCAGCCUUCAUCGGUAGUAAAUGUCAACGCUGUACAAAUUCUGAACGGAAAUAUGGCCCACCACUCACCUGUGAUCAGUGUAAACAGAAAUGUGCAUUUGACAGAAAGGAUAUUGAUAAGAAGAAGGUUGAUGGUAAAGUGUUAUGCUGGUUAUGCACAUUGUCCUAUAAGAGAGCUUUGGCAAAGACGAAGGUUACUGAUCCAGCAAGGCACUCGCAUAUAAAACUUGGUUCACGCUCAGGGCAUCACAAAGACAAAGAAAGACCAAAAUUGAGUGGCCACAACAAAAGACCAAACAGACCAGAUGUAACCAAGAUCCCACAGGAGGAGCCACAAGCAAAGCAAAGGUUAUAUGAUUCAGACAAAGAUACACUCACAAUGGAAAAACUUGACAAAAUUGAUUUUGGGGUAUCAAGAAAUUCUGGUCAGGUGAGAGAUGAUCCAGGAACUGCUGAUCAUUUGGUUCUAAUAACUCAACUCAGAGAACAUAUUGCAAAUUUAGAGAAACAGCUUUCUGGGAAAGACGGCCAGCUUCUAGCCAAAGAAAAGCAGAUGACAGAACUGAAAGCUUCCCAGUUCACAGUGGAACAGGAACUUCGUCAAAAGAUGAAAACUGUAACACGUGACUAUGAAAGCAAGGUGGAAUUGUUGCAGAAGAAAAUUAGAGAACAAAGUAGAGAGAUUGCAAUUUUAAGUAAAGGCAAAAAGAAAGGAGAAAAGGGAGCUGCCCUUUCAACAACUGAUGGGGGUUCUUCUGGAACUGAUAGUCCCUCAGUUGGCUAGUGUGGCUAUUUGGAGAUUUAACUUUAUAUAGAAAUAUGUAUAGUGUAGUUAUAGAAAUGUAUAAACUGACUUGGAAAAGUUAUGGGAUGAUCAUUUUAAAUGAUAUGCUGAACAAUCCUUGUUUUAAGUAUUUUCAUUAUUUUGUCUGCCUUUUUUUAUUCAGAGAAUGCCUUUGAAGAUUUUGUUUUAUCACCAUGACGAAUUGAAUCUGUUUCUAGAAUUUUACAUAAAAUUAUUUUUUUAUUUUAAUUUGAAAAUAUUUUAAUGUCUCAAUUUUAUUUAUCCAUAAUUGGUAUCAUCAGUAAUGCAAUUCUGACAUUUAUCUUGUUAAAAAACUAUAAAAUCUGAGAACUUGGCUCGCCUUCCCAUACCCUGUGUCAGGGGAUGCACAGCAAAAUUAAUAUGUGAGCAGUAAAUUAGUUCUUGUAAUUUUCUUUUUGGACACGUAAUAAUAUACUCUAAAAAACUGUCAAGAAAAAUUGUAUUUUUUUUACAAUGUAAAUUUACACAAUAAAAAUACUAUAAUAGUAACUUUUCUUAUUAAUGUAAGUCUGUCAGCCUGCUUCCAAUACAAAAUUUAUUUUGGAAGAUGAAUGUUUAGCAUGCCUGUGUAUCUAACACUAAAACCCUUGGUUAAAAUGAAAGGAUAAUAUGAUAUUUUGUAACAUUUUUUUCUGUGGAAAAAAUUACUAUAUGACGAUGUUCAUUUAGCCUUCCAUUACUUAAAUACGGAUCAGAAGGUCAAUAUGUAAACUUGAACAUACUGAGAUGUAACUGUCAGUUUUUAUCCAUGAUGGGAAUUUGUUAUCAAGUGAAAACUGACUAUACUUACUAACCCAGUAUACCAGUUGCAGGGACUAAUGUGGUAUUAGUGUUUUACUACGAUAAUUGAAAAACUAUUGCAGCUACUCCUUGAUGUACUUAGGGGAGUAAGACUUUUCUGUUAAAAAUGAGUCUUAGUGAAAUCUCAUUGUAUAUAUUUUUCAUUUUUACUCCAUGUUAUAUUGUGUAAGUUGUGGCCAAGCAACAUAUAUUCUUUUGUAUUAAACUGUCAUAAAAUGUUUCCAGAAUUAAUCAUGAAACUGUAUCUCUGAACAACUUUCUCGUAGGAUGUAUUAGUUUUGAUACACUAAACAGAUGUUAUAAACUUGUCACUGAAGCACCAAUUUCAUUAUCAAACAGUCCUCGUAUUUAUAGUUUCAUGUAUCAGUCGAUCUCAUUAGUUCAAUUGUGCAAUUAUCAUUGUAUUACUAAAAUAAUGUGUUGGUAACUAAAUAUUUACUGCAUAUGUAACACAAGAAUCACUUUGCUGAGACUGAAAUAUUAAAUAUGAUGUACAUAUAUAGCAUUGCUUUUUUAAGUUGAAACAUUUGUACCAUAAUACUGUAUCAUGUACCUUUCACCUAUAUUUAGUUGACAAAAUACCUAUGAAAUUAGUUCUAAAAUAUAGUUUGUAGUCAUAUUUAAAAUGUUGUAGAUGCCAAGCGAUGGCUUUCCAAAUGUGAUAGUAGAUGAUUUUUAUAUAGUUAAAUAGGGAGUAUGUUCAACUGUGAAUUAUUUAUAUCUUGUAUGCAUUCUUUAGUAAAUGAUGUCCACAAUGAUGUUAAAUAAUAAUGGUAAUAACUCAA